AUGGCAAGCUACGCUCUUCAAAUGGCUGGACUGGUGCUUGGUGGCGUUGGCAUGGUGGGCACAGUGGCAGUGACCAUCAUGCCUCAGUGGAGAGUGUCUGCCUUCAUCGAAAGUAACAUUGUGGUUUUUGAGACCCUCUGGGAAGGCCUGUGGAUGAACUGCAUGAGGCAUGCCAACAUCAGAAUGCAGUGCAAAGUCUACGACUCACUGCUGGCUCUUACUCCUGAUCUUCAGGCAUCCAGAGGCCUGAUGUGUGCUGCGUCUGUCCUGUCCUUCUUGGCUUUCAUGACAGCCAUCCUCGGAAUGAAGUGCACCAGGUGCACGGGAGACGAUGAGAGCAUCAAGAGCCGCAUCCUGCUGACAGCCGGGAUCAUCUUCAUCAUCACUGGAUUGGUGGUGCUCAUCCCUGUGAGCUGGGUUGCCAGUUCCAUCAUCAGAGACUUCUACAACCCGCUAGUGUUAGUCGCCCAAAAGCGUGAGCUUGGAGAAGCCCUCUACAUUGGGUGGACCACAGCACUGGUGCUAAUUGCCGGAGGAGUGCUUUUCUCUUGUGUGUUUUGUUGCACCGAGAAAAGGAGCAGUUACAGAUACUCGGUACCAUCCCAUCGCACCACUCAGAAGAGUUUCCAUGCAGAAAAGAGAUCCCCGAGCAUAUACUCCAAAAGUCAGUAUGUGUAG